AUGUGCAAAACAGCGCUUCCAGAAUGUUUGGAGAAAACGAAAACACUAUUCGAACAAUUUUUNGGCCUGUGCAACAGUGAGGUUCGUCCAGAUGUACGAAGAACGCAAUACUGUUAUGGUCUAGCACAAACACCCACUGGUCACGAGCUGGUUAAACGCUUGUACGAGUGGUUCAAGACCAACUCACAUUACUUCCACCGUGAUGCUGACAAUCUACUUAAUGCAAUGGCAUGCACAACAGAUGAUGAUAAAAUGAACAGUUUCAUCUCUGAUACAGUCGAAGGAAAAUAUCCGGAGAAUGCGCUCCAUAUGGUGGCCGUUCACGACACAACAGAUCAUGUUCUAUGGAAUUAUUUCAAGCUCAACACCGAACAGGUUAUCUACGGUGUGCCGAGCUUCAACAGCUAUAUGACAGCUGCUGUUGGAACUUGGAAUCAAGCGGAGAAUAUCAAAGAGAUGGACGAUUUUAUUGCUGGAAUCGAGCUAAGUGGAGAUAAUUUGGCGGUGAUAAAUGAAUUUAAGAAGAAGAUUCAGCAAAACAUCGAUUGGCUGGCGAAGAACCGAGAUGACAUUAUGACGGCAAUUGAACAAGAACUUCAAUAG